CAGCAAACACUGAGAAUAGCCAAUGCGACGAAAUACUAUCGUUCAGUGGGUAUGUCGAUGCAACGUGGUGUUAACCAAUACAACCUCCUUUGAACUCCCUUCUUCAGUCCACUGCAAACAACUCGCUCAACUUCGCGCUUAAUGCUAUUCCCGUAUUCCGAUUACGUUUUACCGCUCCGGGACAUUGGAGGAAGCCGAAUCAAAAGCCAGACCGAAGCCAAACCCUAGCAUAAUCUUAUUUCAUUUCCUUUCUUGCGAAGUUCGUCGGAGCAUUCGCUGCUCUGAUGGGGCCACCGGAGAUGGUGCCGACGGAGGAAACAGUGGAAGCUUUGAUAGAAGGUCUUGUCUCUCCCUUUCUUCCUCGCGCUAGCAUUUCGCGGGUUCCCCCAACACUCGAACAGCAGGAAAAAGUUGCCAAACAGAUGUAUGCAGUUGUUUUGCUCUAUAAUUGCUACCAUCGGAAGCUAUUUCCAAAGCUUGAGUUCCUGGAUUUCAGUUCGUUCUGUAAAUUAGCUUGCAUUUCUAAAUCUUCGCUUUUGAAUUAUAUGAAUGCUAUGUAUGAAAGUGAUAUGAGUUCAGGAGAUCUGGAUGAACCUCUUUCCAUCACAGAGAAGAUGAUCAUGGAUGCUUGUAAUGUCUGUUUAGCUUUAGAUGCAUCUAAAAGGGCUCCUGACAUGGAGGGAUGGCCAAUUUCUAAAGUUGCAGUCUUUUUAGUAGAUCCAUCGAAAGAGCACUGUUUACUGAGUUUGAGGAGCAGCACUAAAGCCACAAAUUCAUUGAUUGAAAAAAAUCUUGAGACGCCUCUUGAAAAUGUUGUCUGCGUUCUGGACAUGAACAACACAUUAAGAAUCAUGACAAAUGGAAGUGGGUCUUUACAAGACAAGUUCAAUGAGUUGGAAGAUACCCUCCAGGCGGUUGCAUUUUCUGCUGUAGAAGAACAAACAGCAGGCAUCAGUCGCUCAAGCUUAAGCAUGUUGGGAUGUGAUUUAUCAUAUUCAUUGAAUCACAUGAAGUCAUGCACGCGGUUAUAUAUAAUGAGCUAUGCAGAGCCCAUGCAUAACCAAAUUCCUAUCAAGAGUGUGAUUGAAAGCUUGCAAGGACCCCUUGUCAAGAUCAAUGGUGGACCUGAAGUUACAAAAGUCAUAGAGUACUAUGGUUUGUUGCCAUACAUAGACAUUUUAUCUGACUGGCUGUCCAGGAAAACUUCUCAUAGUGCUUCACAGCAUAUCUUAAGUCAGAAAACUGCUGCAGCUAAGAAGGGAUCUGAAGGUAUUGUUGUCAUUGAUGUUCAUGAAGUCAGUCGUGAUUCAGGUUGGAGCCAUGGGAAUACAAAUAAUAACUGUAGCAGUAAGGCCAAAAUUAUUAGCAAGAAUGAAAACCACCCUUUAAUGGAAGAUUUAUCUAUUAGAUCACAAAAUGCUGGUAGUUCUUCCACUAAAAUGGCAGUUUUAUCAACUGUUAAAGAAGAGGGAAAUGAGGGUGGUUUUGUGGCGUUUACAGGGCAAAUUCGGGACUCCGUGAUGAGUAAGAAAAGGAAGGCAAAAAAUGUUUUAGGAUCAUCUGUAACUCCUCAUUACAAUGCUGGUGAUUCAUCUACUGAAAACCUGAUGACAUUGAAAAGAGAUCAGGAAAAUAGUACGGAAAAUGCCAUUUCACCAAACACAGUUAUUAAAGCGAAAUAUGGGCUUAACCAAGUUGGAGGAACUAUGAACAAUAUGAUAGUUGCACUUAAGUCUGAUAACAAUAAUCCGGUUGCUUUAUCAAAGAAAGUUGACAUGAUGUCUGUUUUACAAACGCUGAAGAAGAAGAGAAAUGAGCUGUGUCACCAGCAGCGCUUACUAGAGGAUAAAAUUGCUCAUUGUGAGAUGAGCAUCCAGACGGUAUUAAGUGGAAAAGAUUCCUCAGAAUACAGAGUUGAGUUUAUGUUGAAAACUUGUGAAACACUCUGCUCAAAUGAUGAGAAAAAUGACACAAAUUUGUCCAAUAAUUCUCAAUGCCAGCCACAGACAAUUAGUAGGAAGAAAUUGUGUGAUGCAGUUCUUCGUUUGCAAAGUCCUUGUCAGGAGCUUGAUGAGAUUUUUUGCAAGAAUAACUGGAUAUUGCCAAAAUAUUGCGUACUUCCUUCACAUGACGGAAAAUUCCAAGCUGCUGUGGCGGUGCGAGGAAUGGACUUCGAAUGUGACUGCAAAGGUGAGUUGAAGAGCAGCCCUGACGAAGCUCGUGAAUCAGCAGCAACCCAUAUGUUGAGCAAAUUAAGGUGCAUGGCAGUCCGACCUGAUUGAUCACUAAAGCUUUUAAUGCAUUAUGUUUUGUGCAUAUUCAUAAAUUUACAACUGUCAUAUAUUGAAGUCUUGAAAUUUUAGAUUUAGAGAUUAUGUUAAGUUUAUAGACUAAAUAGCAAUUUCAUAUGCCAACUAUAUCUCAGUUUUACUCUUUUAGCGCAAAUCAAGUGAUUAGUCAUCGCUGCAACUUGCCGUUAGCUAUGUUGUAACAGCGCUAUAUUGUUUAGGUAUUGUUGGUUAUGAUCAGAAUUGAAAAAACUGGUUGACGACAAAAUUCCUCGUGUUGAAAG